AUGUUCCAGAAGAUGAAACAGGCUCCGAGAGGCUCACCUGGCCACGAAAGGUGGAGCUCAGAGAGUCCUCACUGCCGAACCCCUUACCUGACACUGAGUGUGCCAGGGAGCCCCGUGGCUUUGCCUCGAUCCCGGCUGGGUGUGGACAUGCGCCUCUGGGCCCGUGUCACAUUCACCUCGCUCAGCUUCUCACUCCGCGCGGCUGCCGAUGCGCUGUCCGCGCCCGUGGUGCUGAAGGCGCAGGCGGUCUCCGGGCGCCUGUGCUACCCCGUGCUCAGCCUGGCACUCUCGGCCCUGCUGCUGCGGCUGCUCAGCGUACCCAUGGAGCUCUACAAUUUCGUGUGGUUCCACUCCCGAGUCUCCGAUGACCUGGGCGCCUCCUACUUCGUGCAGGAGCUGUGCGCCUAUGCCACGGUGUUCAGCAUAUUCAGCCUGAACACUGAGCACUGCCUGGCCCUGCGUGCUCGCCACCUGUUGACACUGCACAUGACCCGCCGCCUCCUGUCGCUUGCCUGGGCUGCCUCGCUUGGCCUUGGCCUCUCCCUGCCCAUGGCCAUCACCAUGGGGCAGAAGAAGGAGCUGGAGGUGGUGUGA